GACGUUUUCGACAGGUGAUUUUCAAUUUAAUUUCAAUCUUUAAAAUUCAAAUAGGAAAUAUUUUAACUAUGGACUUAUAUCAAAUGAAACCAUCUUUAACUUAAAAUAUACAAAAAACAUCAGUAACAUGUAUUUAAUUAUGUAUAUGUUGUUAAACUACUGUUUUUUCCCAUACCGAAAGAACACCAUGGUAACCUAUGAUCAUAACAUAUUAAAAAUAUACUUCCUGACAAUUUUUGGGCACAAAAUAAAACAAAAUCAUGAUUUUAAGUAGGUCCAAGCCAGCACUUCAAUCAAAUAAUGAUUCAAACAAAGAAGUUGGGAGAAAUAAUUCAAAAAGUACUUCACAGUUUGAAGAUUAUUUGAAAAAACGAGAUUAUACUGGUGCAGUAACAUAUUUGGAGUUUAAACAUUUUCCUGAAGAUAAGAGACCAAUCAUUGAAGAGUGGUUAGCAUUUUGUGCAUUUCACAGAGGAGAUUACAAGAAAGCACUUGAUAUUUAUCAGAAUUUACUGAAAUCCAAUACAGUGGGCAAUUAUUCGAUUAAUACCGCUUGUUGCCUUUUUUAUCUGGGUAUGUAUGAAGAAUCCAAAGAACUUUUGCAAAAAGUUCCACUAAAUGGCUUAAGAAACAGACUCAAUUUUCAUCUUUCGCAUAAAUUGAGGGAUGAGGCUACUCUAAUGGAAAAUCAUCAACAGUUACAGGAUGUUUUGGAAGAUCAAUUGAGUUUAGCUGCCAUACAUUAUCUAAGAGCUCAUUACCAGGAAGCUAUUGAUAUUUAUAAGAGAUUGCUUCUCCAGAAUAGAGAAAACAUUGCAUUGAAUAUCUAUGUGGCACUAUGUUACUACAAACUGGAUUAUUAUGAUGUAUCUCAAGAAGUACUUGGUAUCUACUUGAACAGGUAUCCAGAUUCAGUCAUUGCUACUAAUUUAAAGGCUUGCAAUACGUUUCGUCUCUACAAUGGAAAAGCGGCAGAAAAUGAGUUGAAAAACAUAAUUGAUCUAAGUAAUCAUGUUGGUUUUGGUUACGACUUAUUAAAACACAAUAUGGUAGUUUUUCGAGAAGGCGAAGGUGCUAUGCAGGUUUUUCCCUUGUUGGUUGAUGUAGUACCUGAAGCGAGAUUAAAUUUAGUUAUACAUUAUCUUAGGAAUCACGAUACUAAAGAAGCGUUUGAUUUAAUAAAAGAUUUGCAACCUGCUGUUCCCCAAGAGUAUAUUUUAAAGGGAGUCGUUAAUGCAACACUUGGGCAAGAGUUGAAUUCUUUGGAACACAUAAAAGUAGCUGAAGAAUGUUUUCAUUUGGUUGGUAGUUCAACAAGUGAAUGUGAUACGAUUCAUGGAAGGCAAUGUAUGGCAGCUGCUUUUUUUCUGGCAAAUCAAUUUGAAGACGUUUUAAUAUAUUUGACAUCAAUAAAAAGUUACUUGCAUUCAGAUGAUACUUUUAAUUUUAACUUUGGUCAAGCAAAAGUGGCAUGUAACCAAUUCAAAGAAGCCGAAGAGAUAUUUCUAUUAAUUAAUGAUGUUCGAAUAAAAAGUGAUUAUGUUUACAUUUCCAAUUUGACCCGAUGUUACAUUAUGAACCAUAAACCUCAACAAGCUUGGGAACUAUAUAGUAAUUUGGUGAACGGUGCGGAAAGUUUCAAUCUGCUGCUAGUUAUAGCGAACGAUUGUUAUAGAAUGGGAGAAUUUUGGUAUGCGGCCAAAGCGUUUGAUAUGCUCGACAAAAUUGAACCCAAUCCGGAAUUUUGGGAAGGAAAACGGGGUGCUAUUGUUGGAGUCUUUCAAGGCGUUAUAGUACAGAAAUUUCCAGUAGAUAUGUUGGGGGACAUUUUGCAACUUCUUCGAAGCUCGACAUCAAGUCAAGCGGAUCAAAUUGCUAGCGUCAUAAGAAGAUGGGCCAAAGAACAACGUUUAAAUGUUUCCUAAUUUUAACAUGAUUACUAUUAUAAUAGAUUUAUGAAAUGUCAAUAAUAAACUGUAAACCUAGUUUCAUUUCUGGUGACAUAAGAUUAACAUCAUGAGUUAAUUAAGUUGAAUGAAAAUAAAAGAUUUAUGCUUCACCCUAUACAUUGAUUCAAUUUUCGAGUGGAUAAUGAAGCUAGUCUCUUACAACUUCUGAUAUUGUAUCUGAUGUAGAAAUAGUAGUAAAUUGCCGAUUAAUUGGUGUAUAAUAGUGUACUAUUGAUUUAAGCGUUUUCUAUAAAUUAUUUAUAAUUGGUAUAAUGGAGUUUUACUAUAAUGUUUUUCUUAUUUAUUUAUACGAUUUCUAUUCGUUGAAUGAAUUAAUAGACACUGUCUCUUACGUUUUUAAUUUAUUUAAAUACUAUACACUAUACUAAACCAAUCACUUAACUAACUUAAAUAAUUUUUUUUAAUUCUUCGACUACUUUCUAUUUCGGUCUAUUCACUACAACUAUUUAUUAUACAAUGCACCCAACUGCGCUACAUAAACUCCUUAUAUAUAUCAUAAAAGAAUUCUAAAAACUUCUAAAAAAUAAAUGAUACACCUUCCUAGAAAUUAUUCUAAAAAAACAAUGUAAAUAAACCGUCUGCUAUAAUUAAA